AUUUGUUUUUUUAAAAAUAUAUUAACAGCUUUUCUGUAGAAAGGGAGGCGUACAUUCAGUUCAUGAAGGUGAAUUUCUUGGCAAAAUUUCAUAUAUGUUGGUGUUUUAGUGAAGUAGGUCUAAAUGUCAAAUCUUAAACUUUGAAGGCCACCUUCACCCUUUAGAUAAAUUAUUAUUAUUAUAGUUUAAUAGUGGUGGUCUUUCGCUAUCGAAGGGAAUAACUGAUGUGACAUGAAGCUCUUAAGGGUAGCGUGCAGAGCAUGGGAAAGUAAGAGUUGAAGGCAGAUAGUCUUCUGCUAGCUUGGUUUUAACAGUGUGAAUGCUUUGUUAGCUGCAGUGCUGACAAUCAUGGAAGGCUUUUUUUAAUCCUAAUGUUUAAGCUUUUUGUUUGUUUUCUGUAAAGCUUGUGCUAUAAGCUGAAGUAAAAAUUCAGUUGUGUGGUUCCUGUUUGGCAGUAGAAGUCUUUACAAGAAUAUUUGGAGGAAGAAAUAAAUAUGAAUGUUUUUUUAAAAAAAAUAUUCCAGACUUCUGAAAAGUAAAUUAAUGCACAUUAAGAGUGACUUUAUAUUGUUGAAGAAUUCAUUAAUAAAGUAAGAGAAGAAAGUGAUUCCUAAUUAAUCCUCUUUCUAUAGGUAGCCAGUGAACUGUUUUAGACAACAUCCAAAAAUCUACAAGAAGUGCUGACUUAGUGGAAAAGUCACUAAAAUAAGUACAUGUUUUCAAGGAUGCUUUUAAAUUCUUAUUUCGUGCUUAAAUUACUCUGUGAUUUGAGCAUAACCUAAUAUGAGGGGAUUUUAAUAUUAACGCAUUUAUCAUUAAUACACAGAUUCAUAUAAAUAUGUAUGACAUGUAUUCUGUAUGUUGGCAAAAGUGUGGUACGUAAGGAUCUCUGUCCUUCUGGAUUUUUAAAUUAAUUGCUAUGUGGCGUACUAAUUCUACUUGACCUAAUAUGUCUUUAGAUGAAUUAUUAAUAGUAAUGGGUUUAAUCUGACGUAAAAAAAUUUAAAUAUUCAUCUCUUCGUGAUAAUAAAUGGAAGACUUUAAGCAUUGGUUUUGCUUUUGUAUGAUAUCCUCAAUACUGGGAGUUCUAGUCCUGCAAAUUUAUUAGUAUAAAACUGUUUAUAUUUUGCCCCAAAUCCUUUCCUUUCUCUCCAGCUUAGUUUUGCUUGCUGUCAACUUGUUGGGGUUUAUUUUUUUUGGUGGUGUGGGUUUUUUUUUUUUGUUGUUUUUAAAAUUGCAAAGCCCAGGAUACCCUAAGUAAAACCUGACAUCCUGGGUUUUUUUUUUUUUGUCUUGGUAUCUUUGAUUCAGCAGAAUCUGAUUUACUAGUUCAGCAAUUUAAAUGUUUACACACAACACUAUACACUUUUUUCUUUUGUAAAUGCAUGUUUUCAUUUAAUUGUUUUUCCACCUGUUGUUUUCACUCUAUGGUUAGACAUUAAUGUGAAGGUUAGUAGGGAAAGGCUUUAGUUUCCACAUUCUUGUUUCCGCAAAUUUACUUAACAGUUUCUAUGCUAGAACAAUGUUAAGAUCUGCUUUCAACUCUGAAAUGAGUGACUGUGCGCAUAGAUUGCAUCUUUUAGCUACCUUGAUUUCAAAACAACUCUGUUAAAUUGCAGUACUUUGUUUACAAUGGUGGUUAAUCUCUCAGGUUCUGAAUCUAUGGGUCCUAUUUCAUCAACUCCUAGAAAGAAGAUGGGGUAAUAUCUGUGGAAGGAACACUUCUUUUUUUGAGUGACUUCACUAGUUUACUAAGCUGAGAACUUUCUCUCUUUGUGCAUUGUAACCUAAAUGUAUUUGAGGAUGUAUCCCAAAGAAAGGCUUCCCCCUGCCCUGCCACCUCCCGUGGGAUCCCUUGUAGAAACGGGUUUGUUCAUGCUCAUAGGGGGAAUUUGUUGUUUUGUUUUAAAUACUUUGGUUAUAGAUAGGCUAGGCUAGAGAUCACUGCUGUUGGAUACCAAGUUGUUUGGAUUUUUUGUUUUCCACAGUGUUUUCAAGGUUAAGUAUUCUUGAAGUUCUUCACAAACCUUAAUGGACCUUAAUCUCUGUUAAGAAGUAAGAUUAUGCAUGGAAAUUAGGGUUUGUCCAGUGCCACACUGUGACAAGGAUAAGGACUUUAGUGAGGAGGACAUGUAUCGCGAUGCAGAAGAAAUAGAGCGAGAAAAGAUAUUGCGUAGUGAGACAAGCUCUUCAGAAUAUAAACUAAGUGUUGCACCUGAAAUGGAUGUCAUGGAGUAUUGCAGCAAAGAAUGGAGAGGAAAUACACCAGUAGCAAAAAGGAUGAGAAAGGGAUACGAAGCAGUUGCACAGAAGUUUGCAUCUAUAAGGAGAGUACGAGGUGAUAACUAUUGUGCUUUCAGAGCAACUCUUUUCCAGGCACUAAGCCAAGCUACCCAGUUACCAAGCUGGCUGCGGAGUGAGGAUUUUACUAUGCUUCCUGAAAACUUGCUGAGCAAAUAUGACUGGAUCAAGCAGUGGCAGCUGAAACACAAACUGGGCAGGAAGAUGGGAGAAAUAAGUGAUGAAAUUAAAGAAUAUUUAAUACUUCUAAGGGAAAAGUGGAAGAGUAUAAGUGAAAUCAAGGGUCCUUUUGAGAAACAAGAAGCUUGUGAUAAAUUGUUUAAAAAUGAAGAGGAAGAGUAUAGUCUCUAUGAAGCGCUGAAAUUUUUGAUGCUUAACACUGCAAUCAAAUUAUACAAUGAUGAUAAAGAUGGAAGGAGAGUUCCUGUCUUCGCAUGGUUGCUGUUUGCACGAGAUACGUCUAGCAACCCUUGUCAGUUAAUGCAUAAUCACUUGAAUCAUGUUGGUCACAGUGGAGGCCUCGAACAAGUGGAAAUGUUUCUCCUUGCUUAUGCUCUGCAGUAUACCAUCCAAGUGUAUCGACUGUAUAAGUAUAGUACUGAUGAAUUCAUCACACUUUAUCCCAAUGACCCGGAGGAGGACUGGCCUGUGGUGACUCUCAUAACUGAAGAUGACAGACACUAUAAUAUUCCAGUCAGAAUGUGCCAAGAGACUACGCUGUAAACAACUGAUCUUAGCAGACAAACCUCUGCUGCUUGUUGAAGUUUCCAGUGCUAUUUUGAAACAGGAUGAUGAUGAAAGAAGCAUUAUUGACUCUACAACAACUUGAAAUCCAUGGUUUAGAGCUUAAAGAGUAAGAAUUUUGUAAGUAUGGCUUCUGUUGCCCAUUUAAAAAAAAAAAAAAAAACCACACCAAAACCUUCUGCAAUCUUUUCUUUGAAAGGCCUGCUCUGAAUAGGAAUGCAAAACCUGUAGAUCUACUUCAUUUAAAACAGGUGAGGCUCUGUGGUAAGGCAUGAGCUGGCCUUCUGCUUCUUGAAAUAACAAGAUAAUGAGUUGAAAUUUCUGGACAAGUAAGCUGGCAGUGUCCUGACUUAUUUGUGGUGCUGCUUGGAAGCAAUUUGUACAAAUUUUGGGUCUCAGGAAGCAAUGUAAUUCUUUUGUGGUUGGAAUCUAAUGCCUGCCAUGGUUUAUGCCAUGAGAGAUGUUACUGAAAGUUUUCCAGUGCUUUGGGUUUUUUUCCCCAACAUGAGUAUCUGGUAUUUGGAAACCAGUUGUCUGUUCUACUGAAGAUGAAGAGCUCUUUCCCUUUCAACCCCUUGAGAGGAUUAUGGCAAAGAGACGUGAUAAUAAGUGAGUAUAAAACUUGUUAGUUAGUAGGUCACAAAUUCAAAACGGCACAGAAUUGCUGCUUUGGUUGUGAUAGCCAAGCUGAGCUAACCACGUGCCCAUUAACUCCCAUGUCUGUUCGUACUGCUGUACCUGUAACCUUAAUCCUUGCUGGUAGUUGCUAUGAAGAACAUGAGGAUUUUAAUUUGUCUAGGGAGUGCAGUAGAUGGAAGUAAACUUCUGGUGCAGGUCUUCCACACUUGGGAGGAAUAUGUGGGAGGUCCUGUUUCUUCUGAGUAUUUUUCAUUAUGCUUUAAAUUGAAGGAAUACUGAAUAUAUCGGAUGCUGGGAGUGCUGAGACAUACCCCCCAAAAUAAUUAAAUAGUAAACCCUUUACCUUUUAGCUUGAAGUGGAAGUAUGCCCUACAGAUGAGUGAAAGUAUAUUUAAAUGAAAUGCUGGUGCUACACAGAUCACUUGGCUUCUCUUAGAAGCCCCUCUUGUAUAAAAGGGAUAAGAUUAUAAAGCUACUCUUCAUUCAGAUAUUCUAGAGGAAAUUGCAUGCAAAGCUUCUGGCAUGCCAAACUUCAAAUUCUGGUUUGUUCUACUUAAAGUCAAUUUUUAAACUUUUGUUGUGAAAGGUAAUUACACAAAGAGAAUGUGUAUUCACUGUGUUCUAAAAUGUGUCUUAGACACGCCUUAAUGAGGUCUAUCAUGUACUCAGUGUUAUAUUUAUCAUGUUGUCUUUGGCUUUUAAAACAACUAGAUCUGUUACUGAAAAUUUCUCAGAGCUACAAGGGAAUAAAAAUAAACCAAUUAAUCUGGCAA